AUGCCAUUCACCAGUUCUGCGAAGAAAAUGACCUAUGGAGGGUAUUUCCGCUUGGGUAACUCGGCCCUUAAAGUCUCCCGAUUUAUCUUGGGUCUCGGAGGUGUUGGGAGCAAAUCCUGGCAACCGUGGGCUAUCGAAGAGGAAGAGACCAUUCAAUUGAUCAAGGCAGCUUAUGACGCUGGCAUACAAACAUUUGACACAUCCAAUAAUUAUUCAGGCGGGGACUCGGAGCGUAUUCUUGGGAAAGCGGUCAAACAGCUCAACCUACCUCGAGAUGAAAUUGUGGUGAUGACCAAGUUCACCCCCAAGCUCUAUUUCGUUGCCAUACAAGACACAAGUAUAUAUCCCGGACCUGCUGCGGAUGCAGCUGGGUAUGUCAACCAAUAUGGUCUUAGCCGAAAGCAUAUCUUUGAAUCCAUUAAACACUCACUAGAGCGUCUCCAACUUGACUAUGUCGACGUGCUUCAGUGCCAUCGGUUUGAUUACGACACGCCAAUCGCUGAGACCAUGGAAGCUCUGCACAAUGUAGUCAAAGCGGGUUAUGCUUGCUAUAUUGGAAUGUCAAGCUGCCACGCCUAUCAGUUCCAUGCGAUGCAAAACUAUGCCAUAAAUAACAAGCUUACCCCAUUCAUCUCAAUGCAAAGCCAAUACAACUUGAUCUAUCGCAAGCAGGAGCGGGAAAUGAUUCCUACUUUGAAGAUGUUUGGAGUCGGCAUGAUUCCGUGGUCCCCACUUUCACAAGGGGUAUUGAGCCGCCCUUACUCACAAACAAGCCUUCGGGACAAGACUAGUUUCCUAGCAGCGAUAGCAAACCAAGCCAAGGAGGGUAACAAGGAAAUUGUUCUUUGUCUUGAAAAGAUGGCCAACACCCAAGGGAUAAGCAUGGCACAAGUUGCAAUGGCAUGGCACCUAUCUAAGGAUACGGUUACUGCACCCAUCAUUGGCGCCAUGAACCUUGGUAGCCUUGAAGACACUAUUGGAGCUAUUGAUGUCAAGCUAACAGACAAAGAGAUUCGGCACUUGGAGGAACCAUAUAUUGCCCAGGCUAUUCAGGGCUAUGUAUAG